AUGUGCAGUGACUUUGAGGUUCAUAGGAAUUGGCUCGCGAUUACGAAUAGUUUACCAUUAAAUGAAUGGUAUAUCGAAAAGACGUCAGAAUGGACUCUCGAUUAUCCACCCUUCUUCGCAUACUUCGAAUUAUUUCUAUCAAAGUUCGCAGAAUGGAUUGACCCAUUGAUGUUGAUGGUCAAAAAUUUGGAAUACAGGAGCUGGCAAACCGUCUACUUUCAACGCGCAAGUGUUAUUGCUACUGAAUUAGUUUUGGUGUAUGCGCUUCAUCUCUUUGUGAAAACCGCCCCCACCAAUUUAAAGCGUCCUUCGCAAGCAGCCGCUCUUUCGAUCCUACUUUCACCUGGUCUACUUAUUAUCGAUCAUAUACACUUCCAGUAUAAUGGUUUCAUGUACGGUCUCCUCAUAUUAUCCUUAGUUAUGGCUAGAAAUGAGGGAACCAAGCUAGCAAGUGGUAUACUAUUCGCAAUAUUGCUUUGCCUCAAACAUAUAUACCUCUAUCUUGCGCCAGCAUAUUUCGUCUUUUUACUAUCAGGAUACUGCCUUGGGUCCAAGUUUGGACCUAAGCGUCCUUUUGAUAUAAAGUUUGGGAAUGCUAUCAAAUUGGGAGUUAGUAUUGCAGUAGUAUUCGGAGCUGCAUUUGGACCUUUCGUUUAUUUUGGUCAAAUGCCCCAGAUUAUAAGUAGACUUUUUCCCUUCGGAAGAGGUCUCUGUCAUGCUUAUUGGGCUCCAAAUAUUUGGGCUAUGUACUCCUUCACUGAUCGAGUUUUGAUAUCUGUCGCCCCCAAAAUCGGCCUCGCGGUUGACCAAACGGCUGUCAAUAGUGUGACUCGUGGUCUUGUUGGAAAUACUUCCUUUGCCGUGUUACCCGAAAUCACCAAAGGCAUGACUUUCGCUUUGACAGCCAUCUUUGAUUUUAUUCCAUUGUUUAAGCUCUACAAGAGUCCUACAUGGGACAACUUCAUCGGAGGUGUAACACUUUGUGCUUAUUCCUCAUUUCUUUUCAGCUGGCAUGUCCACGAAAAAGCAAUUCUUCUAGUCAUCAUACCGUUCAGCCUGAUUGCUUUGAAGGAUCGUCGAUUCCUUGGGGCAUUUCGACCAUUGGCUGUUGCAGGUCAUGUUUCUUUAUUCCCUUUGCUUUUCACAGCUGCGGAAUUCCCCAUCAAAAUUGUGUAUACCAUUUUCUGGCUUGUUUUGUUUCUCCUUGCCUUUGAUCGUUUGGCACCAGCGUCAAAAUCAAGAAUAUUCUUACUUGAUAGAUUUAGCACACUCUACAUUACUGUCAGCAUUCCUCUGAUAAUGUAUUGCUCGCUGGUGCAUCAAGUUGUCUUCGGGAAUAAGUUAGAGUUUUUGCCGUUGAUGUUCACGAGUUCAUACUCGGCAAUCGGAGUUGUGGGAAGCUGGAUAGGAUUUUUGAUAGAAAAGCAAAUUGGUCAUCCAUAUAUUACCUUUGGGUCAAUGUCUGAGGAUCCCAGGGUGGUGGGGGAAAAGACAUGGGCCUAUUCACCAAACUAA